UCUAGUCCGUAGAAGGGGUAAAGCCUCGUCGGGCGCACCUCCAUGAUAGCUCAGCAAACAGUAAAUGAAGAGAUCCAAGAUUGCUCGUAUCAGGUAGCGAUCCAGUGUCGAUCUAGAUGAACUUUUCUUUUAAAAGUUAUUGAGAAAAACACAGUAAACAAACAAUAUAUUGGUCAAGGCGCUCGUCACAAUCUAUGUUUGGAGCUUGUGAAGAGAAAACAGAGUGGUGGUGAGAGAAGAAAUCAUAACUGCAAGGUCUGCUCCAAGAGAUGUUCAUCUCCUGUCUGGCUUGCGUCGUCGUGCUGGCUAGCGCUGUCAUCCGAACUGAAGCGACCAUAGUGAGGGUGACAUGUAUCCUGCAGCCUGCCUAUAACGCUGAAGAGUUUGCGGAGGGUGAAAACGAGGAGGAGGAAGUCCGGGGUUGGGGUCCCGGAUCUUCCAGUCAUGGACAGAACACUGGAGCAUCUAGCAGCUGGGAAAGCCACCGGUUACCAGUAGCAACAAGCGAGGAGUCUGGCAGCGCCAGCAUGGAAUCGGAGGAGCGUGUUAGUCACGUGACCUCGGGAUCUAGUAGAGCUUCGGGUUCCGGUAGCCACAGUGGGGGCUCCAUGACAGACCCCAGCAAGCCUCCUGGGUCUAACCCCUCCUGGGGUUACUGGGAAUGGGAUAACGAGAGAGGGCGAUGGGAGAUGGAGGACUAUAAAAGAAGGAGGAAGAGGAGACAGGUGAACAGCAGAACUCUGUCAGGCAAACUGCAAUGCGGGGCUGGCAAUCUGAUUCACGUGACGUCAGUGACGAAAGGCUUCUCGAUCAACAACCAGUGUCAACCCGUGCGUGACGGCUGCGAUGAGCCCUCGACGUACACGUCAUGCACUGGCAGGUCGGACAGCUGUGACGUCACAGUAGCCCAGAGUUAUAUGGAGAGGUGCGCCCGGUGGACCAACUACAUCAGGGUGCAGUAUGAGUGUAUUCCGGCGGAAGAACGCCACAACAUCUGCGAAGCGAAAACAUUUUCCAGCAAAGGAAGUCUUGUGAUUAGCUCCCCUUCCUAUGGCGGAAGCCCGGUGGGUGCGCAUCAGAACUUCCUGUCAUGCGAGUGCGAAGUGUCACGUGCAUCUAACGCCGCCCUAUCCAUUUCUUACCUACACCUGCACCUGCAGGCCACUUCUGAUGUAUGCAGCGAGGAUAUGCUUCUGAUAGACACCUGGGAUGCCAGUGCCAACAGAUUCGCACUGAAAGAGGAGCUCUGUGGGGUCACCUCCCGUCGCAACUUGACCUAUUCUACCGACCUCAUCAAGCUGACCUACAUACCAAGCGCCAUCAGGCACGCCAACGGUUUUUUGCUUCGAGUGGAGGGAAAUCCAAAUCGCCACGCUGACCUGCAGGUCAAGUGUUCUACGACUGCUGAUGACAAAGGGCCUUCAGCUGGUGCUGGUGAACAAUCUGCAGCUGCUUUGCCUCCUCCGUUUUCAGGCGUGGAGAACAAGACGUUGGCGGCGUGGAAAGAACACAUCAACAGCGAGGGAGGAACAGCAGGGACAGGUCUCCUCCCGCCGGACAGCUGCCUCUGAUGCUCUCGGGUCUGGGACCGGCCAGGUGGGAGACGAGGAGUUCAACGUCACUGGGAAAAGUGGAGUUCUGUCUGCUGUUGUGGCCUCUCUUAGUUCGAUUAUCCUUAUCCUGUCAACAGUCGGCGUGUACCUGUGGUACAGAAGGGGAAAGCGGAGAAACGACAAGUGUAGCGUUUCGUUUUGUGUCCGCUCUUCUCGUUCAGAUGGCGACUGGAUGUCGGACUCGCCGUACCAGGACCCAGUCGGCCCCUGGUCGUCCAUCCCUACCUCCCCUCCCGCUUUGUAUCCUCCUCAACUCCCCAGACGGAGGGAUCAUCGCUCGACAAGGUCGUGGUGACGAGCAAGCCCUCCUCCCAGCCCGAGCUAAGUUGGCCUUCGGGCGCAGACCCUCCCGAUCUGCCAGCCAGACCGCCUGCAUAUGAAAAGAAGCAGCAUCGGCGACUGGCGGCGGAGGAGGAGGAGGAGGAGGACGUACAGUACGACAACCCGACAGGCUGUGACGUCACGGUGGCGGAAGACACGGACUACACCAGCAUCCAGGACAUCGCGGACGCAACUGUCGUCCCAGGACGUGGGGACCGGAUAUGACGUAUAGGCCACCACCAACGCCAUGCAGAUGUCACAUGCAUGCUUGCAUACUUUUUGUCUACUCUAGUAGCGUGUAUUUUUAGAACCAUACACGUUUCUACAGCAAAUGUCUGUCAUGCAGUCAGAAACUUAACCCGACUGCACGGGUGGACAUUGUUGGGUACACGCCUCUGUGCAAGCACCGGGCUGCAGUAACUCAUAUUUUGUUGCGUAGUCUUUGAUGCAGAUAUUAUAUAUGGCUUAAUAAAGGUCUCUGA